AUUAAUCAACUGGAAAGGCUGCAGCGGUGCCUGUCCGUUUGAUGUGAUGUGACAAACUGCUAGCUGGCCUCAUGCGUUUGUGUGUACAUAAAAUAUAGUGAUCAAUGUCUAGCUAAGAUCCUUGUACUGUAAGCUGAAGGCGCCAUUUUUUACAGCCUGAAAAUUCUGGGUAUUUGUAUUCCCCCAAUUUCAUAUCAGCUUGUAACUUGUAAGAUCUACUUUUGGGAUGGAUCAUUUUUAUAAAGAUCAGUUUAUUUUUAUAUUUUCAAUAUAUAUAUUCUUGAAUAAAUAUUGAACAACGGAGAGAGGAUGCAUAGAUAAAUAAAUAACUACACCCUUGCAAUGGAAAAUAAAUAACUUUUAAUUCAAUGUCGGUUAUGAGUUAAAAUUCGAUCAUGGAAAUGGGAACUAUGGGCUGUAUGAUGAGAGCCCAACUGAAACAUCCGCUGUUUGAACUCUUUAAUACUGGGCCGGGCCGUAGCUUUACUUGUAUGAUUCAAUUUAUAAAAAAAGGAGAAUAUAAGUAAAUUAUAUUAUACAGUGCUGUGGUGUGGUAUAGCAUCAAGUUGCAAGAGGAAAAAAGGGGGAGCGAUGGCUCAAAUGGGACGGCUUCUUGUAAGGCAAUGGCCGGUGCUGCAGCAGCAUUGCUGUACCUUCCAUCAUCUUCUCUACUCGCCUUUACUUCCAGUAACCACCAAAACUGGCUCCCAUCGUUUCUCUUUGACGAAAGUGCACUUGGCUACUCGCGGCGUCCAUAAAUUGUUACGCGGACUCAGACCCUCCGACUACCAAGAUGCUAACAUCGGCAGUUCGGGUUCGGGUUCGGAUUCGGAUUCGGUUACAUAUAAGAGCCGCAACGAGUUGAAGCGCCACGCCCGCCGUGCGGUCCGCUGGGCUAUGGACCUCUCUUCCUUCUCCACCCCUCAAAUCAAACGCAUUCUCAGAGUGGCUUCUCUGGACCAAGACGUGCUGGAUGCUCUGAUUUUAGUGAAGAAAUUUGGACCUGAUGUCCGAGAAGGGAAGCGAAGGCAGUUCAAUUAUAUUGGAAAAAUGCUGCGAGAAGUGGAGCCAGAUUUGAUGGAUGCUUUAAUUCAGGCUACAAAAGACAGUGACGAAAGUAAGCUGCAAGCUUUAUCUGGUCCAGAGACAUUGAGCAUUGAUGAUAAUGAGGAGCAAGAAGAAGCGGAAGAAACUGAUUAUGAGGAGGAAGAAGAGGGUUCUCAUAUUGAUGUAGCUACCAGAUGGUUUGACGGUCUGAUCAAUAAGGACGUUCAGAUCACCAAUGAAGUAUAUUCAAUUUCGAAUGUUGAGUUUGACCGCCAGGAAUUGCGAAAACUUGUCCGUCGAGUGCAUUCAGGUUUGGAAGACGAAGUCAAUUCAGAGGAGAAUGGGGGAGCGAAAGAUGCAGCAAGAGUGAGUGCUGAAAAGUCACUCACCAGGUUCCUUCGUUCCCUUGCUAAAAGUAGCCUAGUGAUUGUUAUGUGAUGUUUUAAUUUCUAUCAUUUUUUUUUUUUGCGCAAUUACGUUAUAUUUAUUGAAGAAUGAAGUUGUUUGUUUUCUUGGCUGUA